ACCAUGCAAAUUUAUAUUAUUAUCUUAGUAUAAAAUACAUAGAGAUAGACAUUGUAAGAUUGAAAGGAACUUAGGAAAAAUGGGUCAUCUUUAUGCAUUAGACUUUGAUGGAGUUUUGUGUGAUACUUGUGGAGAGACUGCUAUCUCUGCCGUCAAGGCAGCCAAGUUGAGAUGGCCAGCAUUGUUUGAUGGUGUGGAUCCAACCGUUGAAGAUUGGAUUGUUCAACAGAUGAUUACAGUGAGGCCAGUGGUGGAAACUGGAUAUGAGACUCUCUUACUUGUGAGAUUAUUGCUUGAGACCAGAGUUCCAUCAAUUCGAAAAUCUUCGGUUGCAGAAGGGCUCACAGUUGAGGGUAUAUUGGAGACAUGGAUCAAAUUGAAGCCUAUUGUGAUGGAAGAAUGGGAUGAGAAUAGAGAUGAACUGAUAGAUCUUUUUGGAAAGGUCAGAGAUGAUUGGUUGCAGAAUGAUUUCUCUGGUUGGAUGGGAGCAAACAGAUUCUAUCCUGGUACUGCUGAUGCACUAAGAUUUGCAAGCUCAAAAGUUUACAUUGUCACCACAAAACAGGGCCGUUUUGCUGAUGCUUUACUGAAAGAGCUUGCUGGAAUCACUUUACCACCAGAAAGAAUAUAUGGUUUAGGAACUGGUCCUAAGGUAGAAGUGCUAAAGAAGCUUCAAAAGAUGCCAGAGCACCAAGGACUGACCCUACACUUUGUGGAAGAUAGGCUUGCAACCUUAAAAAAUGUCAUUAAAGAACCAGAGUUGGACAAUUGAAAUUUGUAUCUAGUUAAUUGGGGGUUCAACACUCAGAAAGAGAGAGAUGAAGCAGCAGCUAGCCCCAGGAUUACACUUCUUGAGCUGUCUGACUUCAGUAAGAAGCUGAAAUAGUAGUUCCACUUCAUUAGAUUGUCUAUCAUUGUAUUAUAUCAUUUCAUUUAAUUACAUUCCAUUAAUGCAAAACAAUGGUAAAUUCCUUCUGUCUCUAA